AGGGCGCAGUGGUCCCGCGACCAUCAAACCAACAACACCGCUCGCUACGCAAAACGGCGCAUCCUGCUGCGCCCCCUUCUUCAUCUUCUUCUUCCUCUUCUCUUCUUCAUCGGCACCUCGUCGUCAUCGUCGUCGAGUCUGGACCUUCUUCUGCUUCCGUUGCUUCUCGUGCUCGCCGCUCGCACAAACGUCUCGGUUCUUUCAAUUCCUACGCUUCCUCUUUCUUUCUCUUCUCUACCUAUUUAUCUACCUAUCUAUCUAUCUAUUUAUCUAUAUAUUUGUCUAUCUAUUUCUCUCUCUCUCUCUCUCUCUCUCUUUCUCUCUCUCUGUCUCUCUCUCUCUCUUUCUUUAUCUCUUUCAUCGUUGCUGCAAUCGUGGGACCAAAGGAACGUACAAAUUCCAAGAAUUUGACAAGGCUGAGAAGAAGAGAUCGGCCAGUCCAUCGGAUAAUAUCCAUUGAAAAUUCACGUUCGCAAGAGAAAAAAAUGGAGAAGACGUUUCGCGAGAAGAUAUAUUUUUUAUCCCUCUUUCUCUCUAAUUUACCCUUUCUAUUUUUCUCUCCUUCCUUACUUCAAGUCUUGAUUUACGUUUAACUCGAAAGGUGAUCGAGAAAAAAAGAAGAGAUAUCGUCGGCUGCGUUCAGAUAAUGAAGAUCAUCGAAGAAUUCAUCAGAGGAGAUCUUUCUUAAGAUACCAGGUAGAACCAUGCGGUUCGUCGCCCUGGUACCAGAGUUCUCAUGAAUGAAGGAGGGUUCAACAGGAUCGAUGGAGAGGGCGUGUCUUCCUGAAGUGAGGAGAAGAGAGAAGACCGAAGAAGAGAGAAGGGGAGGGGGUUGGUAUCCGUGACGUUUUCGACCCCACCUGGAAAGGGUACAUGACGGAGUACACGUGCUCGAUUACGUCACGAGAAUCUCGGAGCAGGACGCGAAAGGGCAAAUCCAUUCAAUUCGUUUGUCUUGUAAGGAUUGGUUACGACGUCUUCGACACCUUCUUGACUUUAAGUGGAAAGAGUGAGAUGAUUUCUAGCCGUAUAUUUCGAUUCGUUCAUACAAACAGUUUGCUAUGGCAAACCUCGAAUAAGUCGCUUCUAGCAAAACUAAGGAAAAAAACUGGAUAUACAUUUGCAAAUUGUAAGAGGGCAUUAGAAGUAAAUUCCAAUGAUAUUACAAAGGCAGAAGUAUGGCUGAAAGAGCAAGCUCAGCAGCAUGGAUGGACGCAAGCUACAAAACUGCAAGGUAGAAGCACUACCCAAGGUCUGAUCGCAGUGAUCGUAGAAAAAAAUCAUGGUGCACUCGUAGAAAUAAACUGUGAGACAGAUUUUGUUGCGAGAAACAAAAAGUUUCAUGGACUGGCAGAAAUCGUACUGGCGACAACAUUGUCCCAUGCAAAGACAUUGAAUAGUAACGACGAAGUGGAGAGACUUUCGUUGGACAUGGAAACUUUAAAAGCAUUACCUGCAAACGAUGGAAAAACUUUAGCAGAUCAUUCUGCCUUAACCAUAGGUAUUAUCGGUGAAAAUAUAACUUUAAGGCGUGCUCUAUGUAUGCGAGUACAGGGCGACGCAGCGAUAUUCGGAGGUACGCAUCCAGCUCCUAUGAAUCCUAUACCUAUAUCUUUUGGAAGAUACGGAGCACUAAUAGCCGUCAAAGGUAAAGAGGAUAAAAUGAUACUUGGAACUCAACUUUGUCAGCACAUCAUUGGUAUGAAUCCAUUCAAAGUAGGAAAUAAUAUGGUGGAUCAACCAAACAUAGACGUGGAUAAUGAGACCUGUUUAAUAUAUCAAGAAUUUCUAUUAGAUCCUAGUCUUUCGGUGCAACAAGUUCUAAGGGAUGCACAAGUAGAAGUCUUAGAUUUUGCAAGAUUCGAAAUAGGCGAAAGAAUGAAUGGAAACAAGUUGCUAGAUUCUGUCGAAGUUUGUGGUUAAUAUUAAAACCAAACGAUAAAAAAUAAAUUUUUCAAUAUAAAUCGUUCUUAAUUUACAAGUACUUCUACAGACGAUCAUUUCAAUUGCUUUUCCAUAACAAACUAUAUGCUUUUUCUUUUUAAUCUUGAAAAUGAAAUGAGUUAGAUUUUUUACUUUAUCAAAAAAAGCUUUUAACUUUUAAACUGAUUAAAAAUGGAUCGAAUCAUAGUUGAUAUAUAACUAACAUAAUAUACGAAAAUUCUUACGUCGUGCUUUAUGUUUUUGAAUCGAACGAACCUGUAAAUCGUACAUGUAUAAACGUUAUAAAACAAUUUAUUAAAGACAUUAAAAUAUAUGAUAUAUAUAUUAAUAAACAA